AUGAGCUGGGUAGACAUUCGGUCCACUGAGGGCAUCACAAGGUUUCUGAGAAACCAGAAAACCCCGAUACCGGAGAUUUUUCAGGCUUCGAAACAGCUCAUAGUGCAUGACGAACCUAUAGUUCUCCCUAAUAAAGAACGGUUUAUUUUCGAGCUCGUAUGUGAUCGGCUUUCUCACACCAAGUCCAAGGAAUAUAGACACAGCAAGGAGAUCUGGGAUCUUUUCAUUUUGCUGUGGACUCGACUCGACCGUGAAACCAGAGUCAAAUACGUCACCAAGAUCAGAUUCAACGACUUGGUGGAGUCCAUGUUGCAAGAGACCGACUUCGACAGCGACUCGGAGUUCCUGAACGUGUUCGUCCAGAGCGUCGAUUUGGUUUUGGAUGACAAGAGACUCACAUUUUCAUCCGAAACCAACGUCGAGCUGGUUUCCCAACUGCUUCAGCUGGCUGCUACCGCUGGCCAGAGUAGCUGCAUACAAUUGGCAUACAGACUAUUCAAGAGCGCAAACACAUCCACUCUGCACUAUAACAAGAAAAAUGUCGCUUACUUCUGUUCCGAGUGUCUUCCAAACGUUCUGGUGCUCAUUAGAGCGGGCAAGGAAACCGCGCUUUUGGAAAAAAUGCUCAGAGAGGUGUUGCUUCGUAAAGAAGCUUUAAAUGACUUGAAAGAGAAUGUUGGCUACUUUUGCAACUCGGCUGCUACCAAACAAAUCGACGACGUGGCGGUGAUUGACUUUUUCCAGCGGAUUAUCGGCAAAUUGGCCGUCAAGGAUAUUGAAGAGCUAUUUGGCGAGGUUGUUUCCAAAUUCCCUGGGACUAAGAUUGAACUUUUAAAACGAGUUGUUGGGCUGAACAAGGUGCUAUCGACGAGUUUUUUGAGCAACCUAGUUGACUCGAGCAGUCUUAAUUUGGAGGUUUUGCAACUCGCAAUCAGCAAAAACGUUGACGUGGGGCUUUUGUACAGCGACAGGAUAUUUGAGCUUGCCAAAACACAAGACGAUAACAAACGGUUUGAAUUAAUGUCUGCUCUACUUGAUGUUUAUGUCCGUUCGCGUGAAGUGGAGACGUUCUUUGAGCUGUGGUCGGCAAAUUGCAUAGAAAACACAACGUUUGUCUCGGACAGAUUUGUCACGGCAGUGUCCGAGAUCAUUCCUGGCCUGUCACAGAAACAAAUUAUAAAUUUGGUCAAGAAAUACGUUGAAAGCAAGAACUUUGUGCUGUUGACCUCAAUUGCCGAAGGAUUACUACUGGGAGUCACCGGCAUCGGCCAGACUUCCAUCACCCGGAUGCUGCAACAGACUGCCGACGAGAUGAAGCCAGAGUUUUUGAAAGUGCUUGAAAAACCACAAGAGAGUCACCAUUACUGGAAACUUGCUACCCUGAUGCAAAUGAUUUACAACACGGACGUUCCCACUAAAAAAACGUACAAGAUCGAGGACUUCUUCUUCUCGCGUCUGCGUUCGUUCGAAAGCCGGUUGCAGUCGGCCGACGAGACGUUUGUGAAACAGUUCAUGUCGUUCUACCGCAAAUCGGAUAUUCAAUUCAAAAGAACCAUAUUCACCAGAUGGUUUGUUCUGAUGAACGUGAUACUGGACCAGUCACAAUUGAGAAAACUCGUGGAGGAGUAUUUCGGCAACGAAACAGACGAGAUAACCGUUCUUGCCAAUGGAGUGCUUCAUGAACAGUCCAACCUGAUGAAAGAGGUUAUCGACUACCUGAUUUCAGACCUUUCUUCAAAGAAACCAACACUAUCUCGCUACAUCCAGACAAUUCCUGCUUUCUGCUACACGCGCAGCCAGAGAGAGCAGAUGCUGAAUCUAUUGGUUGGAGCAGAGCUGGAAUCCAAGUUUGUGUGCAUUCUUGCUCUGUUGGAACAACCAACCCUCAAAUCCAAGGUUGAGACAGAUAUAUCCACGCUGAUCAAGCUGGUUGAGGAGUCCUCUUGCCCAGAAGCACUGGAAGUGGCUGAUAAAGUUUUCGACACGCAUCUUCGUCAAAGCUCCAAGUUUAUCACGGAAAGCGAGCAGACGUUGAGAUCAGGUAAGGCUUUCAAGACGGCGCUGUGUCUGCUCAGAUCCGAACGCAGACUCGAUAAGCUCAAUGACGAGCUGUACGACUCUCUUUUGGACAAAUGUGUGAACGAUGUGUCCAAAGACAACAAGCUGUUGGAUGUGCUGAUUGAGCUUAAAAGCUGGAAAGUCCAACAAGAUCCAAAGAUCAAGAAAACCAUCUCCAAGAUUGGCAACAACUGCGACCCAGAAACGGCGCAAAAACUGUUCAAUUUGAUUUGCCAGCUAGGAAAAACAUACGCUCCCGAAUACGUGCUACCGUUGUUCAGCUCCCUUCCGCACCUAGAACUGCUUAUGGACUCGCUUAAAACAUACCUGAAGAACUUUGAGGCCGAAGAGUUGGCGUCAAUUUGGCUUUGGGUUCUUGAUACAGACGAAAAAGACGAAACCGUCAGCUACUUGCUCUGUGUGUUACUACAAAUCCAAUCUUCAGAGAACCAGUACGCCCAGAAACUGACCAUUGCGUCGUUGUCGACUCUACUGGACCUGCAACUAUCGGUGGAGACCGCGAUUCAGGUCGGUUUGGUGCUGAAACAGCUGAUCAGCGGAUCAAGCUGGAUGCUCACCCAGUACUCUGUCGAACAGGUCGUUGUCUUUAUCAACAAGAUCAGCCAACAUUUACUAGAAACAGAGCAGCUCACAGAUGCUCAGACAACGCUCUACCUGCAAAACUGCCAGGUUCUUUCCAAUCUCGUUCUUUUUCAGCGGUUUAGAUUCUCAAACAGACAACAUCUGCUCAUUCACUCGUUUGUUGGCUUGCUGGAGUGUCUCUUCAAGCACAAUCUCGGAACAGCUGCUGCCACCGGGUUUGAGAGACUCGUGAGCAAUCUGUGUGAGAUCUCUGCGUCUUCUGUCUCUAACUCUGAGUCAGAAUCCUCAUUGACCAGUACCGUUUCCUUUAUGAAACAUCAGCUGCGGAAAUUCGUGCCUCUGUUGAUUUUGAACUAUGUCAAAUUUUAUCUGAGCUACCAAAUGGAUCCUGCUAUUAAGGAUGUUCUAGAAAAUAGCAUGUUCAUGGUGUUCGACCUGUUGACCCUGAACGAGCUCAACUUUAUCAAUAUGAGUCUGGACUCUCAGUCGCGGAUCGUCUACAGAUCGCUGUACGACGACUACAAGAAGUUCGGUAAGUGGAGAGAGGAGUAA